AUGGCGUUUGGUGUCUUGUAUGCCCUGGAGAAGCUUUUACGUAUGCUUUCAGACGGCUCAUUUUUCAUUAAUGGCAUCAUUUACCGCUGUAGGCUGUUUUAAACUGUAUUUUCUAUAAGGCUCUUUGCUAGGGUCAUAAAAUACCUGGGUCUUGAUCCUAUAAAAAAUUUGAUGAACCCUCAGAGUUCCACAGGUAGUGAUGUAUUGCUCUUGUAUCUAUUUGAACUGCACUAGUGUGCUGCUUUUCUGAUGGACUAAGAUUCAAAAAAGAGACCCAAAGGGCGAGCUGCAGCUCUGCAUAAGAAAUCUAGGGUUACUGAGCCCCUCAUUCUCGCCUGUAGCUCACCUUCCCACCAAGUAACAUACUUGUUCAGCCAGUUGAGCGACUAUCUGAAAAUAUUGGAUGACCUAGUUCCAAAAUGUCUGCAGUGCCAUGGUCUAUCAUUGAUGACAUUUCUUCAUUCCAGGUUGUUUAUCAUGGCGUCUUCAUGUAUAGAUAUAGUUCAAGAUUCAUGGCAUAUUGUGCUUUUUUGUCUGCACAUAGGAUUCUUAAAGGACCACUAUAGUGCCCUGAGGGUGCCCUCAGGCUCCCACUCCCGCCGGGCUGGAUGGAGAUUAAGGGGUUUAACACUUACCUUUCUCCAGCGCCGGGCUCCCUCGUUGCUAGAGACUCUCCUCCUUUCCCUGUCAUCGGCUGAAUGCGCAUGCGCGUCAAGAGCCGCUCGCGCAUUCAGCCAGUCCAUAUGAAAGCAUUCUCAAUGCUUUCCUAUGGACGCUGGCGUCUUCUCACUCCGAAAAUCAGUGAGAAGCGCCUCUAGCGGCGGUCAAUGAGACAGCUACAAGAUGCUGGAUUAACUCUAAAGUAAACAUAGCAGUUUCUCAGAAAGGGUUAAUCCUAGGUGGACCUGGCACACAGACCACUUCAUUAAGCUGAAGUGGCCUGGGUGCCUAUAGUGGUCCUUUAAAUCAUGCUGCUCUGCAUUUUCUGUAUGUAUUUAGCAGCUAAAACUGCAUUAACUGUAGAUAUAGGGAAGAUCAGUCUCAAGUCUUACAUGUGGAUGCCUCAACACAAAUUUGUGUGCCUGCCUGAUAUUCCUAUAUCUAUUUAUUUUUAAAUGGCAAACAUCACUCUUAUUGGCCAUCAAAAAAAAAACAUUUUGACACUUGUAUUCCUGGAUGCAUUCACACCUAUGGAGUUUGAAACACCUGGAUAAACCAGACCCUCCUGUUGUAAUUUGUAGAAGAAUUGUGUAAUAGGAGUAGGUGAGAGGUGCAGGAGCAGGAUUUGUUCCCCCUCCCUUUCCAUCCAUAAUGACUGUAUUCUGUAGAUAUUGCUCGCAGUGCAUCUCUAAACAUCUAAAUGCACUUGUUUUAGAUCCCUAUGAAGGGCUUGAUUUCCGUAACACAUGGUUGUAUACUCAAUCUAUUAAACAGGACCAUUCAAAUAUGACGCAGUACCUGAUAAUUUAUUCCAACUCUUAGGAGACCGGUAAAGGCAUGCAAUAUGACUUACCCUUAACUGCACCAACUGGCCGUCCAUAAUGCACCCUUAUCACUUAGAUUUAAGAUCUUUGUUCUAUAACAAUUGUAUGGACUGGGCUUAUCUGUGCAGUGCACUAAAACCGAACAAAUCCUGUACGCUCUUAUUUGACAUAGCUGGGCUGCACAGACCUAGUUACACAUUACACAAGUGUGUGGUGCAGGUUGCUUAAUGCUGAGGUCUACAUUCCAUAUUACACCAUUGAUGUUUUUUUUUAAAUGGAAGUGACAUUUAUAAAGGCAGAAAUUCUUGCUGGUGUAACGUGUUUGGGACAGCUUGCGCUCUGGCUUGUUCAGGGCAAUACAGAAGUUAGAAACGACAAACUUUAACAUGCAUGUCUAUGGAGUAACUUGGUGCUUGUAUUCAAAUAAAACUGAAUCUUAAAUAUAUAUCAACCUGUAAAUAAGGUAUAACGAAUAAGGGCUAAAUGUUUAAUUGGCAAAUUACAAUGUAUUAAAGGAACACUCCAGACCCCUAAAGCACACAGUUUGCCAAAGUGCUUUUGUGUAGAGUCCUCUGCAGAUUCCAAAAUACAUAGGCACUUCUUUAAAAUUUGUUACACCUUUGUGGCUCAGACAGCAGCUCGGUGGAACAAAGAUCAAGAAGCAGCAAUUGAGCAUCUGCCUUGCAAACAAAGUACUACUAAACAGUGAUUUUAUAUCUGGGCAUUGCAGGGUCCCUUUCAUAGAAUAUACAUAAUUAUGGCAAACUAUUAAUGUGAUUGAUACCGAACAUGGGUCCAACAAUUUAAAUCCAUUUAAAAUUCUCCAAAAACAGAUACUGGUAGUAAUAUUUGUGAGAAAUGGCCUCCCGACAAUUGACAUUUGUCAAACCUGGAUUGGUUGCCCCAGAUGUUAGGUGCUACAAAGUGUCCUAUUGCAGUCCUUAAAGGACCACUAUAGUGCCAGGAAAACAUACUUGUUUUCCUGGCACUAUAGAAAAAAGGGUUAAACCUAGCUGGACCUGGCACCCAGACCACUUCAUUAAGCUGAAGUGGUCUGGGUGCCUAUAGUGGUCCUUUAAAAACGAAGAUGAAACUGAUGCUGGUUUGUAGAUACAUAUUUUAAUAAAAGUGCAUCUGAACUUCCAAAAUCGGUUAGGGCGUUAGGCUCGCUUAUGGGGUCAUGCUGAAAGCCCUGUACUGAAUAAAAUCUGAAUGUUGUAACACACUUUGUUGCAAUCAUUUUUCAGUGUAAAACUGAGUCAUUUCAAUAGAAUGGAGAAUAACCAGGAAGAUACUGAACAGCACAGUCAUCCAUGCUGGGAAUAAUCUAUUUCAGACUCUGCUUUUGGAAAUCUCUUCCUCCUUAGCCUUUAAUUGCCUUUAUUUUUUGCACAGUCACUAUGAAUAGUUUGUCCUUACACUGCAUGUUUCCUUUUGUUCUACCUGCUUGUUUCUAAAAGUACACACCUAAUUAUGUAAAUAAGGCUAAACUGGGGAACGUCUUAACUUGUACAGUUUGGUUUCUUAAAUCUACCUCUACAAGCUAUUCAGCUGAAUUUUUUUUUUGGGGGGGGGUACGUCCUUUCUCCAACUGAUAAAAUAAUCUGAUACACAGAAGCGUUUAGUAAAGUUGUUUUAUUCCAACCCUUUUAAAUAUAUGUAUAUAUUUACUAAUUAAUUUCACCCCUUAAAACAUGUAAAGCUUUAAGAUAGCUGACCUGCAGGGCCGGGCAAAGCUCUGUGCUGAUCUUUACUCCCCAUCCAAUGUGAGCAGGGGGCCUUGUCCAGUCACAGGCUUCUCAUAGUGCUCUGAGCCAGCCAGGUUGGGAGGCAGGUACGUUUGUUAUUUUGGAGACUAUAGGUUACUUUAAACUAGUAAAGAGCACUAGGUGUAUCAGUGUUCAGGAAUGAAACUGUUUUGUUUUAGCAAGGAUAGCACUUGGUUAACUUUGAACACUAGCUUGACAUGUGCUAGGUUAUAUUUUUGCUUUAGCCAUUGAGGUAUGGGCUUUGAAGUACCUUGAAAAAUAACUGCAGACUGAAAUAAAAUCUGUUCCUGUGCAUUGAUAUUGACCAAUUUGUAUCUUGGUUUGUAGCCAUUGAAGAAUACAAGCCACAAGAUGCAACCACAAACCCAUCGCUGAUAUUGGCUGCUGCCCAGAUGCCUGACUACCAGGACCUUGUAAAGGAAGCCAUCAAAUAUGGGAAGAAACUUGGAGGGUAAGUCUCUAAGAGACUUGGUGUAUAUUGUAGGCAUUUUCCACAUUCUAAGGCAAUGGCAUCUCCCCAUACAUAUAGGUAUAUGCAGUAUUUUGGGUCUAAGCACAAGGUAAAGCUUGCAGCAAAUCUGCAAAAGUCAAAGAAAUAUCCAACCAUUGACCUUACAUUGAAUGCUAAGUCUGUACAUGUUCAAUAAACCAGCAGCACAGCGGUUAUAAGGACACAUUCUGCUUUACAGUAGUCUGAACCCUAAUCGCGACAACUUAUUUGUACUGAGAAAUUAGUGAGAAAAUAAAUUGUAAGUGAACAGUUAAUGCACAUUAGUGUAGUGAUAUUUAAAUUUUUUUUUUUAAUCACUUUGUUUUGGUUUUCAGGACAGAAGCAGAACAGAUUGACAACAUCAUGGACAAGCUGUUUGUCUUAUUUGGAUGUGAAAUCCUUAAGAUAAUCCCUGGAAGGGUGUCUACAGAGGUGGAUGCAAGGUGGGAUUUUAUCUGCUGUGCUCCCGAUACCUGGGGAUGUUGUUCCACCAGCUAUCCUUUUUGUUUGUGAUGUUGACUGCAUGAAUAUAGCCAUACUGAGGAUAUCAUUAUACUAAUAUUAAAUGUGUUCUACUGAAGCCGAAGAUCAUGUGAGCGGUUAGGGUUAUAUAUAAUUAAACUGGAGUUUUUGAUGAGUUAUAACAUAAAAUGUUUUAUCUUGUUUUAAUCAGAUAAGUCUGUUCCCCAACGCUAAAUAAAUAUCUAAUUUGCUGAUAAAUAUCUUUUAUUUCACUUGCCUUUUUCCAUAAUGGAUUAAUCCAGGAUCAAUCUAGUUUUUUAUUUUUUCUGUCUAGAGCCAAACUACAAUCAUAAACUGGAAAACCAUACUUGGGGACAAACACGAAAGCACUAGGAAUACAAAUGUGUAUUCCGAAGUCUUUAAUGUUUCUUUUAAUGAAGCAGUUUUGGUGUACACUGCUACAUUCUGCUUCAUUUAGGCGUUAAAAUAACUUUUGAUGUUGCUUAUGCAUUCAUAGCCACACCAUUUUUUCAUGGAGACUGACUCACAGUGAGCAGUUUAAUUUUCAAUCUGAUCUUGCAGCGCAGUCCGUUCACUCUAGAAGUUCUUAUUUCCUACUCUGUAAAUUGAAAUUUAAUCACACGCAGGAGUAAUAUAACACCUGAAUGGCAGAGAAUCAAGCAGUGAGACUGCAGCAACAUCUGUACACCAAAACCACUUCAUUAAGCUAAUGUUUUGGCACCCAGUGUCUGUUUACCAGAUAAAAAUGUAAGAUGUAAAUUAAAUGAAUUUGGAUGCUGGAGUUAUAUGGAUAAGGAAAUCUAUUUAAUGCUGCUUUUUACUAAUGUGUGUUCUGUGAGUCAUUGCAUUUUUUUCUGAAAGAAAAGGGUGUGACCUUUUUAAUUUAUUGCGGUUUUAAAAGGAAAUUUUAGAAUUUGUCACAGUAAGGUCAUAUUUCCGAUCACCUGUGUUUCUCUGGUGCUCAAAUUCCUAGCAGCAUUGUGUACAGUAUAUGUGUAGUUGUCCUUUUUAACCAUAUUUUAAAGUCCAGUCAAUUGGUUUUAAAGGGAUUCUAUAGUGCCAGGAAAACAAAGCAGUUUUCCUGGCACUUUAGAAUCCCUACAGUGCCGCCAUCCCUCGCACCCCCCUCCUGCAGCGCUGAAGGGGUUAAAACCCGUUCAGUCAUUUACCUGAAUCCGGCGCUGAUGUCCCUCUGAUAGGUUUCGCCCACACUCCUAUCUAAUCAUCAGGAAGUCCCUCUAGUGGCUAUCUUGUGGACAGCCACUAGAGGAGGAGUUAAUCUUUCAAGGUAAUUAUUGCAGUAUCUCAAACUGCAAUAAUUACUACUAUAGGGUUAAGGGACAUGUCAAUGAGCUGAAAGUGGUCUUGGUGCUUACAGUGUCACUUUAAGCGUUACAAUUUCAGUGAUCUUUUGGGAUACUAGCCAAAAGCUUUACGGAUAGUGAUUCAGAUCCAGUUUUUGGUCAAUGAACUGGCUUGAUUUUUUGUUUAUAUUUUUUUUUGUCCUUUACCAAUAUGACCUAUACUUUCAGAUAUAACUGAACUCUCUUUGAGGAGUUAGGAACUAUUCAAACUUGGCAAACAUUUUAUUGUAGUCCUAGGUGGAAAUUGUCUUGAAAUGUGACUGUACAAAAACAAUAAAAAAAAAAACUGUCUGUAAAAGCCCUUUGCCCAUCCUCUAUAUAACCCAAUCUGCUUCUCAUCACAGGUUAUCUUUUGACAAGAAUGAUAUGAUUAAGCGUGCCAAGCGCAUCAUUGCACUUUACAAGGAGAGUGGCAUAGAGAAAGAGAGAAUCUUGAUAAAGCUGUCUUCAACCUGGGAGGGAAUUCAAGCUGGCAAGUAAGGACUGAAUCACCACUCUCCAACCCAUAGAUCUUGGUGGUGCACAUGGUCUAUCUUAUAUCUCUGGCCCCUUAUGCAUAAAUGCACAUUAGUGCUAUGUAAAUAGCUUGCAUAACUUCACGACCUAAAUAUAAAUGUUUGGAAUGAAGCUUUCAAUGCUAAAAUGUAAUUGAAUGGUUUGAACAUUAUAAAUAUAUUUAUAAUGUCAGUGUAACUGUAAUUCUGCAAUUUCCAGGUUUCUUGAUGCCUGAUCUUUCCAUUAGUCUGUUUUGGUUUUCCUAAACUUUUUCCUGCUUCUCCCUCUAGGGUUUUGGAAGAGGAAUAUGGCAUACACUGCAACAUGACUCUCAUCUUCUCAUUCGCCCAGGCAGUUGCCUGUGCUGAGGCUGGUGUAACUUUGAUUUCUCCGUUUGUGGGUCGGAUGGCUUGGAUUGGCAUGUGGCAAAUUCUGAUAAGAAGAGCUAUGAACCCUCAGAGGACCCAGGUAUGAUGUAUCUGUUUGGAAAAUUUCUGCAAGUUGCCUUUUCUGAUGGUUUUAUUAAUGCAGCUAAAUAAGAAAUCUUACUCCCUCAGUUCACCUUUAACAUACUUGUUAUGAGCGAUAUUGAAAAUAUUGGAUUAGUUAAAAUUUCUGCAAAAUUGAUGACAUUUCUUCAUUCCAGGUUGUUUAUCACAUAUAGUUCAAGAUUAUGGCAAUUGUGCUUUUUUGUCUGCACAUAGGAUUCUUAAAGGACCACUAAGUGCCCUAGGGUGCCCUCAGGACUCCCGCCGGGCUGGAUGGAGAUUAAGCUCCAUUGCUAGAGAUCAUCGGCUGAAUGCGCAUUUAUUCAGCCAGUCCUGAAAGCAUUCUCAAUGCUUUCCUAUGGAUUUCACUCCUUGAGACAGCUACAAGAUGCUGGAUUAACUCUAAAGUAAACAUAGCAGUUUCUCAGAAAGGGUUAAUCCUAGGUGGACCUGGCACACAGAAGCUGAACUAUAGUGGUCCUUUAAAUCAUGCUGCUCUGCUUCUGUAUGUAUUUAGCAGCUAAAACUGCAUUAACUUAGAUAUAGGGAAGAUUCUCAAGUCUUACAAUGCCUCAACACAAAUUUGUGUGCCUGCCAUUCCUUAUCUAUUUAUUUUUAAAUGGCAAAAUCACUCUUAUUUAUUUUGACACUUGUAUUCCUGGAUAAUUCACACCUUGGAGUUUGAAACACCUGGAUUCCUGUUGUAAUUUGUAGAAAAUUGUGUAAUAGGAGUAGGUGAGAGGUGCAGGAGCAGGAUUUGUUCCCCCUCCCUUUCCAUCCAUAAUGACUGUAUUCUGCAGAUAUUGCUCGCAGUGCAUCUCUAAACAUCUAAAUGCACUUGUUUUAGAUCCCUAUGAAGGGCUUGAUUUCCGUCAAUCUAUUAAACAGGAACAUUCAAAUAUGACGCAGUACCUGAUAAUUUAUUCCAACUCUUAGGAGACCGGUAAAGGCAUGCAAUAUGACUUACCCUUAACUGCACCAACUGGCCGUCCAUAAUGCACCCUUAUCACUUAGAUUUAAGAUCUUUGUUCUAUUGUAUGGACUGGGCUUAUCUGUGCAGUGCACUAAAACCGAACAAAUCCUGUAUGCUCUUAUUUGACAUAGCUGGGCUGCACAGACCUAGUUACACAUUACACAAGUGUGUGGUGCAGGUUGCUUAAUGCUGAGGUCUACAUUCCAUAUUACACCAUUGAUGUUUUUUUUAAAUGGAAGUGACAUUUAUAAAGGCAGAAAUUCUUGCUGGUGUAACGUGUUUGGGACAGCUUGCGCUCUGGCUUGUUCAGGGCAGUACAGAAGUUAGAAACGACAAACUUUAACAUGCAUGUCUAUGGAGUAACUUGGUGCUUGUAUUCAAAUAAAACUGAAUCUUAAAUAUAUAUCAACCUGUAAAUAAGGUAUAACGAAUAAGGACUAAAUGUUUAAUUGGCAAAUUACAAUGUAUUAAAGGAACACUCCAGACCCCUAAAGCACACAGUUUGCCAAAGUGCUUUUGUGUAGAGUCCUCUGCAGAUUCCAAAAUACAUAGGCACUUCUUUAAAAUUUGUUACACCUUUGUGGCUCAGACAGCAGCUCGGUGGAACAAAGAUCAAGAAGCAGCAAUUGAGCAUCUGCCUUGCAAACAAAGUACUACUAAACAGUGAUUUUAUAUCUGGGCAUUGCAGGGUCCCUUUCAUAGAAUAUACAUAAUUAUGGCAAACUAUUAAUGUGAUUGAUACCGAACAUGGGUCCAACAAUUUAAAUCCAUUUAAAAUUCUCCAAAAACAGAUACUGGUAGUAAUAUUUGUGAGAAAUGGCCUCCCGACAAUUGACAUUUGUCAAACCUGGAUUGGUUGCCCCAGAUGUUAGGUGCUACAAAGUGUCCUAUUGCAGUCCUUAAAGGACCACUAUAGUGCCAGGAAAACAUACUUGUUUUCCUGGCACUAUAGAAAAAAGGGUUAAACCUAGCUGGACCUGGCACCCAGACCACUUCAUUAAGCUGAAGUGGUCUGGGUGCCUAUAGUGGUCCUUUAAAAACGAAGAUGAAACUGAUGCUGGUUUGUAGAUACAUAUUUUAAUAAAAGUGCAUCUGAACUUCCAAAAUCGGUUAGGGCGUUAGGCUCGCUUAUGGGGUCAUGCUGAAAGCCCUGUACUGAAUAAAAUCUGAAUGUUGUAACACACUUUGUUGCAAUCAUUUUUCAGUGUAAAACUGAGUCAUUUCAAUAGAAUGGAGAAUAACCAGGAAGAUACUGAACAGCACAGUCAUCCAUGCUGGGAAUAAUCUAUUUCAGACUCUGCUUUUGGAAAUCUCUUCCUCCUUAGCCUUUAAUUGCCUUUAUUUUUUGCACAGUCACUAUGAAUAGUUUGUCCUUACACUGCAUGUUUCCUUUUGUUCUACCUGCUUGUUUCUAAAAGUACACACCUAAUUAUGUAAAUAAGGCUAAACUGGGGAACGUCUUAACUUGUACAGUUUGGUUUCUUAAAUCUACCUCUACAAGCUAUUCAGCUGAAUUUUUUUUUUGGGGGGGGGUACGUCCUUUCUCCAACUGAUAAAAUAAUCUGAUACACAGAAGCGUUUAGUAAAGUUGUUUUAUUCCAACCCUUUUAAAUAUAUGUAUAUAUUUACUAAUUAAUUUCACCCCUUAAAACAUGUAAAGCUUUAAGAUAGCUGACCUGCAGGGCCGGGCAAAGCUCUGUGCUGAUCUUUACUCCCCAUCCAAUGUGAGCAGGGGGCCUUGUCCAGUCACAGGCUUCUCAUAGUGCUCUGAGCCAGCCAGGUUGGGAGGCAGGUACGUUUGUUAUUUUGGAGACUAUAGGUUACUUUAAACUAGUAAAGAGCACUAGGUGUAUCAGUGUUCAGGAAUGAAACUGUUUUGUUUUAGCAAGGAUAGCACUUGGUUAACUUUGAACACUAGCUUGACAUGUGCUAGGUUAUAUUUUUGCUUUAGCCAUUGAGGUAUGGGCUUUGAAGUACCUUGAAAAAUAACUGCAGACUGAAAUAAAAUCUGUUCCUGUGCAUUGAUAUUGACCAAUUUGUAUCUUGGUUUGUAGCCAUUGAAGAAUACAAGCCACAAGAUGCAACCACAAACCCAUCGCUGAUAUUGGCUGCUGCCCAGAUGCCUGACUACCAGGACCUUGUAAAGGAAGCCAUCAAAUAUGGGAAGAAACUUGGAGGGUAAGUCUCUAAGAGACUUGGUGUAUAUUGUAGGCAUUUUCCACAUUCUAAGGCAAUGGCAUCUCCCCAUACAUAUAGGUAUAUGCAGUAUUUUGGGUCUAAGCACAAGGUAAAGCUUGCAGCAAAUCUGCAAAAGUCAAAGAAAUAUCCAACCAUUGACCUUACAUUGAAUGCUAAGUCUGUACAUGUUCAAUAAACCAGCAGCACAGCGGUUAUAAGGACACAUUCUGCUUUACAGUAGUCUGAACCUAAUCGCGACAACUUAUUUGUACUGAGAAAUUAGUGAGAAAAUAAAUUGUAAGUGAACAGUUAAUGCACAUUAGUGUAGUGAUAUUUAAAUUUUUUUUUUUAAUCACUUUGUUUUGGUUUUCAGGACAGAAGCAGAACAGAUUGACAACAUCAUGGACAAGCUGUUUGUCUUAUUUGGAUGUGAAAUCCUUAAGAUAAUCCCUGGAAGGGUGUCUACAGAGGUGGAUGCAAGGUGGGAUUUUAUCUGCUGUGCUCCCGAUACCUGGGGAUGUUGUUCCACCAGCUAUCCUUUUUGUUUGUGAUGUUGACUGCAUGAAUAUAGCCAUACUGAGGAUAUCAUUAUAUAAUAUUAAAUGUGUUCUACUGAAGCCGAAGAUCAUGUGAGCGGUUAGGGUUAUAUAUAAUUAAACUGGAGUUUUUGAUGAGUUAUAACAUAAAAUGUUUUAUCUUGUUUUAAUCAGAUAAGUCUGUUCCCCAACGCUAAAUAAAUAUCUAAUUUGCUGAUAAAUAUCUUUUAUUUCACUUGCCUUUUUCCAUAAUGGAUUAAUCCAGGAUCAAUCUAGUUUUUUAUUUUUUCUGUCUAGAGCCAAACUACAAUCAUAAACUGGAAAACCAUACUUGGGGACAAACACGAAAGCACUAGGAAUACAAAUGUGUAUUCCGAAGUCUUUAAUGUUUCUUUUAAUGAAGCAGUUUUGGUGUACACUGCUACAUUCUGCUUCAUUUAGGCGUUAAAAUAACUUUUGAUGUUGCUUAUGCAUUCAUAGCCACACCAUUUUUUCAUGGAGACUGACUCACAGUGAGCAGUUUAAUUUUCAAUCUGAUCUUGCAGCGCAGUCCGUUCACUCUAGAAGUUCUUAUUUCCUACUCUGUAAAUUGAAAUUUAAUCACACGCAGGAGUAAUAUAACACCUGAAUGGCAGAGAAUCAAGCAGUGAGACUGCAGCAACAUCUGUACACCAAAACCACUUCAUUAAGCUAAUGUUUUGGCACCCAGUGUCUGUUUACCAGAUAAAAAUGUAAGAUGUAAAUUAAAUGAAUUUGGAUGCUGGAGUUAUAUGGAUAAGGAAAUCUAUUUAAUGCUGCUUUUUACUAAUGUGUGUUCUGUGAGUCAUUGCAUUUUUUUCUGAAAGAAAAGGGUGUGACCUUUUUAAUUUAUUGCGGUUUUAAAAUGAAAUUUUAGAAUUUGUCACAGUAAGGUCAUAUUUCCGAUCACCUGUGUGUUUCUCUGGUGCUCAAAUUCCUAGCAGCAUUGUGUACAGUAUAUGUGUAGUUGUCCUUUUUAACCAUAUUUUAAAGUCCAGUCAAUUGGUUUUAAAGGGAUUCUAUAGUGCCAGGAAAACAAAGCAGUUUUCCUGGCACUUAAGAAUCCCUACAGUGCCGCCAUCCCUCGCACCCCCCUCCUGCAGCGCUGAAGGGGUUAAAACCCGUUCAGUCAUUUACCUGAAUCCGGCGCUGAUGUCCCUCUGAUAGGUUUCGCCCACACUCCUAUCUAAUCAUCAGGAAGUCCCUCUAGUGGCUAUCUUGUGGACAGCCACUAGAGGAGGAGUUAAUCUUUCAAGGUAAUUAUUGCAGUAUCUCAAACUGCAAUAAUUACUACUAUAGGGUUAAGGGACAUGUCAAUGAGCUGAAAGUGGUCUUGGUGCUUACAGUGUCACUUUAAGCGUUACAAUUUCAGUGAUCUUUUGGGAUACUAGCCAAAAGCUUUACGGAUAGUGAUUCAGAUCCAGUUUUUGGUCAAUGAACUGGCUUGAUUUUUUGUUUAUAUUUUUUUUUGUCCUUUACCAAUAUGACCUAUACUUUCAGAUAUAACUGAACUCUCUUUGAGGAGUUAGGAACUAUUCAAACUUGGCAAACAUUUUAUUGUAGUCCUAGGUGGAAAUUGUCUUGAAAUGUGACUGUACAAAAACAAUAAAAAAAAAAACUGUCUGUAAAAGCCCUUUGCCCAUCCUCUAUAUAACCCAAUCUGCUUCUCAUCACAGGUUAUCUUUUGACAAGAAUGAUAUGAUUAAGCGUGCCAAGCGCAUCAUUGCACUUUACAAGGAGAGUGGCAUAGAGAAAGAGAGAAUCUUGAUAAAGCUGUCUUCAACCUGGGAGGGAAUUCAAGCUGGCAAGUAAGGACUGAAUCACCACUCUCCAACCCAUAGAUCUUGGUGGUGCACAUGGUCUAUCUUAUAUCUCUGGCCCCUUAUAUAAAUGCACAUUAGUGCUAUGUAAAUAGCUUGCAUAACUUCACGGCCUAAAUAUAAAUGUUUGGAAUGAAGCUUUCAAUCUAAAAUGUAAUUGAAUGGUUUGAACAUUAUAAAUAUAUUUAUAAUGUCAGUGUAACUGUAAUUCUGCAAUUUCCAGGUUUCUUGAUGCCUGAUCUUUCCAUUAGUCUGUUUUGGUUUUCCUAAACUUUUUCCUGCUUCUCCCUCUAGGGUUUUGGAAGAGGAAUAUGGCAUACACUGCAACAUGACUCUCAUCUUCUCAUUCGCCCAGGCAGUUGCCUGUGCUGAGGCUGGCGUAACUUUGAUUUCUCCGUUUGUGGGUCGGAUCUUGGAUUGGCAUGUGGCAAAUUCUGAUAAGAAGAGCUAUGAACCCUCAGAGGACCCAGGUAUGAUGCAGAAUCUGUUUGGAAAAUUCCAAAGAAAUGUAAAUUAAGCCUAUUUACAUGAUGCGUUUUAUCCAGUAAAAUUGUAGUGAAUCUAAAUUUCAAAAUGCAGGCUAAAUAGUUGGAAAAUUCUAAAAUUUCCCUAAAUUUUGCAUCUUCAUUUUCAAAUCACUACAAUUGUACUCUUAAAACAGGAUAUUUACAUUAUUUGAAGCAUUACUCUAAAAUAAAAUUUAAAAAAAUUAAUAGUACAGUACUGAAACAUUGAAUCCUGCAUCAGUCAGGUUCCGACUUAAAAAAAACAAGAAAAUCAUGUAACAAAACUGCACAAUGAAACACUGUAUUGCAGUAAAAUUCACCUUAGUUUUGGAAAGCUGAUAAUGGGCAGUGAGUGGGCAGGCUUUAGGAAGGAAAGUAGACUAUGGAACUUUUCUGGUCUUUGCAUUUUAAGCAUCCAUGUCUAAAACAGGAGGCAGUUUUUACACUCCUAAUGCAAUAGGAAAUAAAGAGGGAAAACUACUGUCCAAUGGCCUAAUACGAAGUUAAAAAUUCAUUUUUAAUAUGUCAAAAUAAAGAGCUAGUCUUUGUAUUAGGCCAUUAGACAGUAGUUUUCCUCUUUGUUUCUUAUUCAUUUCUUAAGGGUUAUCCCCUACUGUAUUAGCGUUAACCUGUAUCAGUUCCUGCUGCAAUAGUUCACAACCUUUUCACUUGAUGAUAUGUUGAGUAAUCAAUUUUGUAGACUCUAUCUAUAAAAUCUGAUUUGUUUAAUAGGUGUGCAAAGUGUUGUCAAAAUCUACAAUUAUUACAAGAAGUUUGACUACAAAACAAUCGUGAUGGGAGCUUCCUUCAGAAAUACCGGAGAGAUCAAAGCACUCACAGGAUGCGAUUACCUUACAAUAUCACCCAAACUCCUAGGAGAGCUGAGCAAAGACAACAGCAAACUCACACCAACUCUUACAGUCAAAGCGGGUAUGUCUGCUUCUGGGACCUAGCUGGUUAAAUCAGUGGGCAUUCAUUUAUUGCAUGCAUUGGGAAGAUUUUACUAUUUCUCAUUUGUUUCAAAUGGGUUUAUGUAGUCCAAAAUGUACAGUUUCUUAUCUAGUUUUUUAUUAUCAACUAUUGGCAAAAAGACGACAAGUUCUUAAUGCAAAAAGGCAAAUAUGACCAGCUAUUUAUUGUAGUUUAUUAACUGAAAUUUACUUGAUAUAAACAAAUAACUUCUAGGAAGCACUCUAAAGUAUUGUUGUAUUUGUAAGCUACCAAACUAAAACUUUAUUUGCUUUAAUUAAAAUAAAUUCUACCACAUUUUGCUAAGUGUAAACAAAAAUAAACUCAAUGUAUAGGUUUUAAUUCCUUGCAAAUCACUAUAAAUGGCAAGAAAUGCACCUUGCUUAUAGCAAAUAGAACUUUAAACAAAAAUGAUUUAGAAAAAUAUUUGAAACUGCUAUAUGCAUUCCUUAAAUGUGAUGGUGCUGCCACCAAGUGGUCACAGUUCCAAUUGUGUAUUUAAAAGUUGGUUAGCCAGCUGUUUGAUGCAAUCAACAUUGUUCUAAAACACCAACGAUCUACCUGUUUUGAUCUCAUGCUUAAAGGAACUCUACAGGCACCUAGACCACUUUACCCAAUGAAGUGGUGUGGGUGGAGCAACCUGGUAUUUUUAUUUUAUUUUACAACCCUGCAAAAAACAUUGCUGUAUCUUAACCACCAUUAGAAUCACUUCCGCAGCUAUAAAAGUUAAACUCUAAAAAUGACUCCUACAGAGCAUUUGCUUGUUACAACAGGGGUGUUGUGCAUGUGCACUAGCCUCCCAGUAUUUAUUAGGUGGAAGCAUUGGAUCUGCUGAGAUCAACCUUUAUUAAGUCUUACCUUUUUUAACCUUUAUACAGGUGUACCUGUAUAAGUAGGGGAACAAUGUUGGGAAUAUACAUACCUGUAAAAUGGAAGGCAGUGUUGUGAGCUGAAGCUGAAUGUUCACUUUGCAGAAUACUCUUGUUUAUUUCAAUUCAAUAUUUCCUACAAUCGAGCUGCAUAACUUGCAAAGUUUGUUUUCCCACACUUUUAAACCAGGUCAUUGAAACAAAAAAUAUUGCAAUUUCUAUUAGUUACAUAGGCUCAAAAGAGACUUGCGUCCAUCUUCAGCCUUUCUCACAUUUGUUUUUUGCUGUUGAUCCAAAAGAAGGCAAAAAAAAGUUUGAAGCACUUCCAAUUUUGCAACAAGAUAAUUUAUAAACAUGUAAAGUAGAAGGGGUCCCCGACCAGAACUGAGGGACACCACUUGCCACCUCUGUCCAGCUUGAAAAUUUACCAUUAAUGACAACUUUGUACUCUAUUUUUAAGCCAAUGUUCUACCCAAGAACAAGAAUUUUCAUCUAGUUUGAACACUAAUCUAUUGUGUGGAACUGUAUCAAAAGCCUUGGCAAAAUCCAAAUAGAUCACAUCCACUGCAACAUCCUGAAUCAAUACUUACUACCUACUUCUUUGUUUUGUCUGUUGCAGCCAAAGCCAGCAAUCUGGAAAAGAUACAUCUAACAGAGGAAGGCUUCCGCUGGCAGCACAAUGAGGACCAAAUGGCUGUGGAAAAACUUUCUGAUGGUAUUAGGAAGUUUGCGGCUGAUGCCAUCAAGCUUGAGAAGAUGUUAAAGGUGAGUGCAGUCUGUUGGAAUACACAUCCAAUAAAUUACCAUGAGAUGUAAACUUGUGGGUAUUUCACCUAACAAUUUAAAAACAUGAUUGAUCAUUGAUCGUGUAACAUUUUACCAAGUUAACACCUUUCAUACUUGACCUAUAUUAAUGCAACACAUAGGUGCACAUCAAGAAACUAGGAAUGGCCCAAACUUGGGAUGUAUAGUCGACACUAGACAGUCUAAAUUGGCUAUCUUUUAACCAGGAUUUAAGACACAUAGGACAUAUGUAUAGGCAUACAUUGAAGGUGUAAGAUGUGCUUUUUACACUUCUGUCUUUUUGUAAUUGCAGGCACGGCUCUCAGAUUCUAAAAACGGACAAUAAACUUGCAGUCCCUUUUUUAUACGUUGAGCCCAGAUCAUUCCUCAUCUCUUCUGCUCGAAGUGCUCUAGGCAUCCUUGGAGUCCUCUGGCUUUCACACUUUUAUCUACAAUAUCCUUAAGCAAACAGAACCAAACAAAAUUAAUCUACAUUAUACGUUUUUUGUAAAUUGGUAAUUUUUUUUGCACUGAUUAAAUCCAGUACUUACCCAGAAUGUGUCUGUCUUUAACUCAAGUUAAACAUAGCGACAAUGUUGUCUUUUGG